AUGUCUGGGCAACAGCAGCUAACCCUGCGAAUCGAGAUAGCAAAAGCUUUCUGGCAGUUUUAUGCGUGGAGCUGGACGCAGAAUACUUGGACAAAGGAUGUUGUGCACUUUGCACCGGCGAACCAAGAGGUAGGAAUCAAUAAUCCUUUUUUUCAAGUCCAGUUUGAUUUGGCUUCUCCUGAGGAGUCUGGAAAUGGACAAAGGCAUACUUCACAUGGCCACCCGUUCAAUCCCUCGGUGUCACUCUCUCGGAACCCGAGCUUGAAGUCUGCAUUGAUCGCUUUGUCGAAGAGCUCGGGCUUAUGCCAACAUCUACAAGCCAGGCAAAAAGACAUGCCGAAUUCUAUACAGUCCAGUUCCUCGUCAAACAGGAGUGAGUCUUUGAAAACGCUGGAAAAUGCUCUAAUAUCGCAAUAA